GAGAAGAAACGAGGGAGGGCAGGGUCAGUUUCCGUCAGAAAGAGGGGGGCAGAGGGGAAUCCACGGAACGGACUUGAAGGGGAAUUUCUGAGCAGAGAAAGUGAAAGUUCCGGGCCAUAAAUGGGUGGCAGUGGCAGCUUCCUCCAACUUCGUCCACUCUCACGUUCCCAGACCCCUUCACACGCCGCACUUCGCAGCACUCUCACCCACUCCCAGCCAGCCCUUGGCUUCACACAGACUCUGCCCAGAGUCACUCACGCUCACAGCUUGCUGGCAGUCAGUCUCCGCUCAUCCUCCAUGGCAUCCCAUGCAGCUGCACUACUAGCCCUCAGCCUGCUGAUUCUCUGGACCUCCCCUGCUCUGGGAGAUGCCAACGACGCUGAAGACUGCUGCCUGUCUGUGGCCCAGCGCCCCAUCCCUGGAUUCCUGGUGCGAGCCUAUCGCUACCUGCUCAUCAACAAUGGCUGCAGGGUGUCUGCCGUCGUGUUCACCACGCUGAGAGGUCACCAGCUCUGUGCACCCCCAGACCAGCCCUGGGUGGGCCGCAUCAUCAGGAGACUGCAGAAGAGCUCAGCCAAGGCAAGCCUGGCCCUCCCCAGCCCCGCCUCCUCCCUCCAAGCCCCUGCCCAAGACCCCAGCUCAUGA